UUGUCUACCCUGGGUUAUGCUGUCCUUUAGAAGCCUUUGUGGUAGCCUCUCUAACUCCAGGUGCCUGGUUCAGUCCUCAGUUUCCUGGGCUUCCCCUAGGAGUACAGAGCUUCGGUUUGCAGGCUGUGUUCCUAGCACCUAAUAGUGUGCUAAAAGGGUUUGCCGGCUGGCUGCCUGCCUGCCAGUGCUCAGGGGCUUGGCCAAGGGCACAGAAGAGGAGAAAUGAAGACAUUAAUUCAGCAAAUGCUGCUAUUCCACACUAAAUAAAGGGCCAAAGAGAGGCUUGGGCAGCCAUGGCCAUAUUUUUGUAUCAGCUCUGCUAACUAGGGGCCGGUUGAGGCAUCGUGCUGCUGUGGAGGCUGCCUUGGCCAGGACAAAGGGGCAGCCAGCUGGUGGCACUGUGCAGAGCUGCGAAGUGCCAGAUGCCGUGGCCACAAGUGGGUGACGGGAGCAUUCCUACAUGAACCAUCCUUGAGGGCCGCUGGCCUGCAGGGUCACAGCCUUCUUGCCUCAGAAAUAGGGGGGUAUAGCCCACCCCCCGCCCCUUAUGGGCCUGUUGGUGACAACAGUGCAGUGGGUUCUGUGUUGGCACCUCCCUGUAAUGUGACAGUGUAGAAAAGCCAUGAGUGAGGGACUGUGCUCCCUUCAUUAGGGUAUUGCAUGGCAUCACUCCUGGAGACAUGGAGGCACUGAGAUGAGAUGAAGAGAUUUGGUUUUGGAGGGAUCGCAAGGGAGGAACAUGGUGGUGGUGAGGGACAGGGAAGGGAAACAGCCCUGAAGCUGUGGCUGCACGGGAGGGAUGUGCACCAGGGCAGGGAGGACUAUGAGCAGAACCUGGGCAGGACCACACAGCCCAGGACCAGAAGCUGAUGCAGCAGGAGGGGGUAGGCAGCAGCACCUGGGGGGGGUCUGUCCCCUGCCAACCCAGCUGGUGUCCCGGGGCAUCCUUUGUGACCUCGCUGCAGAGCCAGAGUCGGGGUGCACCAUGCGCUGGUGGCUCCUACUGCUCGCCCUGCUGCUGGGGGCUGCCCUCCCGCGGCCCUUGGAUGAGAGGUGAUGGCAUUUCCCUCCUCCUUCCCUUCCUCCCUGCUGCCCUCGUACCUGCAGAGGUGCCCCAGGGCUCCUGGUGGGUGCUGCCGCUCACGGCACCAAGGCCUCAAGAGCUGGCUCGUCUGGGUUAAGAUAAGCAGUGCUGGGAGCUCUUGUUGCAGUGUGGGUGAGUGCUGUAGGGUCUUGGCUCACUCUCACCCCUGCUUUUCCUCCACAGGGCCAGCUACUCGGUCCCUGAGGACUUCUCUGCUCUCCUGGAGCUUCCGCAGCAGCACUUUGGCUUGGUGGAUGAUUAUGGCAUCAAGCCCAAGCAGCCGCGCCUCAGGACCCAGGUGGGACGGAAGCGGCCGGAGUGGCUGCAAAGAGCUGGCAAAAGCAAGAGAGAUGAGCUUGACCUGCAGGAGUACUACGAUGAUGCCCGUCUGUGAACCAAUGUGCCCACCACAGCCCAGCCUCAGGGACCCCUCACUGCAGGACAGCGAGUCCGACUCUGCAUUAAAAGUCACCCCAGAGGGAUGUGACGGGAAGCUGGGCCAUGGCCACAAGGAGGAGAUGCUGUCACCCCAGCCGGCAGCAGGAAAGGGCCUGAGCACGCUCCACUGCUCACAGGCAGGGCACCCAGCAGGUACUUCUCCAAUAGAAUAAACUAAGAGUAUUUUGUACAAUAAA